AUGAACGGCGCCGCUGAUCCCGAGAGGGAGCAGGCGCUGGAGGAUUACAAGCGGAGCCUACUGGACCUCCGGGAAUGGGAGGCCAAGCUCAAGACGCUUCGUAUGGGCAUCAAAGACUUACAGAGGGAGUUUGAUAUCUCGGAGGAAAAUAUCAAGGCCCUGCAAAGUGUCGGUCAGAUCAUCGGAGAAGUGCUGAAGCAACUUGAUGAGGAGCGAUUCAUUGUCAAGGCCUCGUCCGGACCCAGAUAUGUUGUCGGCUGCCGUUCGAAAGUUGACAGGGCGAAGUUGAAGCAAGGUACUCGUGUUGCUCUGGAUAUGACGACUCUCACCAUCAUGAGGAUGCUACCGAGGGAGGUUGAUCCGAUGGUGUAUAACAUGUCUUUGGAGGACCCAGGACAGAUCAACUUUGCUGGAAUCGGUGGUCUCAAUGAUCAGAUUCGUGAGCUACGUGAAGUGAUUGAGUUGCCACUGAAGAACCCUGAGCUUUUCCAACGAGUUGGAAUCAAACCGCCCAAGGGUGUGUUGCUAUAUGGACCUCCAGGAACAGGAAAGACGCUUCUAGCGCGUGCCGUGGCAAGCUCUAUAGAGACCAACUUCUUGAAAGUUGUCUCAUCUGCCAUCGUUGAUAAAUACAUUGGUGAAUCUGCACGGUUAAUCCGAGAAAUGUUUGGUUACGCCAAGGAACACGAACCCUGUAUCAUCUUCAUGGACGAAAUCGAUGCUAUCGGUGGCCGACGAUUUUCUGAAGGUACUUCGGCAGAUCGUGAAAUUCAGCGAACAUUGAUGGAGCUUCUCAACCAGUUGGAUGGUUUCGACUACUUAGGAAAGACGAAGAUUAUUAUGGCUACGAAUCGACCUGACACACUUGACCCUGCCCUGCUCCGCGCUGGUCGCCUGGACCGGAAGAUCGAGAUUCCCCUGCCUAACGAGGUUGGCCGCCUUGAGAUCUUGAAAAUUCACACCAGCACUGUCCAAAUGGAAGGUGACAUUGAUUUCGAAAGCGUUGUGAAGAUGAGCGAUGGAUUGAACGGUGCUGAUCUUCGCAAUGUUGUCACGGAAGCGGGCUUGUUUGCCAUUAAGGACUAUCGAGAUGCGAUCAACCAAGAUGACUUCAACAGGGCCGUUCGUAAGGUGGCCGAAGCGAAGAAGUUGGAAGGCAAACUCGAAUACCAGAAGCUGUAG